GACAGGCUACAUUGACAGCGGAUCAGGAUCAGUUGAGGAUGACUCUGUUGUGGCUGCUGGCCUCUGUGGCCUUCAUCUCCCUGACUUCCCUAGCUGAUGGAGCUGCAUUGCAGGUGAUGUCUGCCCCCAACUUGUUGCGGGUAGGAACAGCAGAAAACAUCUUUGUGGAGUGUCAAGACUGCUCCGGUGCAAACAUCCCGGUCGAAAUCAGCGUGAGGAACCAUCCAACCAAAAACAAAAGGCUGGCAUUCACACCUGUGACACUUACCAGUGCAGACAACUUCCAGGCGCUCGGACAAAUAACGAUCCCUGCUGGAGACUUCAGCAAGGAUCCCAACAUGAAGCAGUAUGUGUACCUGCAAGCUCAGUUCCCUGACCGACUGCUGGAGAAAGUGGUCUUAGUGUCCUUCCAGUCCGGGUACAUUUUCAUCCAGACUGACAAGACCCUCUACACCCCCAACAGCAAAGUUCAUUACAGGAUGUUUGCACUGACGCCCCGUAUGGAGCCAGUAGAGAGGGAUGACGAAACCCAACCUGAAGCUUCUAUUGCCAUCGAGAUUGUGACCCCUGAAGGCAUCAUUUUACCAAUUGAUCCAGUCUCUUUGAAAUCAGGGAUGCACUCUGGAGAUUUUCAACUCGCUGAAAUUGUCAGUCCCGGACUGUGGAAGGUGGUGACGAAGUUCCACAGCAACCCACAGCAGAGCUUUUCUGCAGAGUUCGAGGUCAAAGAAUAUGUGCUGCCCAGUUUUGAGGUUAAACUGACGCCUGUGAGCCCCUUCUUCUACGUGGACAGUGACGCCCUCACCGUCAACAUCAAAGCUACGUAUCUGUUUGGUGAAGAGGUGGAUGGGACGGCCUACGUGGUGUUUGGGGUUAUGCAAGACGGUCAAAAGAGGAGCUUUCCAGGUUCUCUUCAGAGAGUACAGGUCCAGAGAGGUAGUGGAGAGGUCACACUGAAGAAAGAGCACAUCACACAGACCUUCCCAAACAUCGACGACCUGGUGGGGAGUUCCAUAUUUGUAGCUGUCAGUGUGCUGACGGAGAGCGGUAGUGAAAUGGUUGAGGCAGAGUUGAGAAGUAUCCAGAUUGUCACAUCACCUUACACCAUCAACUUCAAGAAAACGCCCAAAUAUUUCAAACCAGGAAUUUCAUUCGAUGUUGCGGUGGAAGUUGUGAAUCCUGACGGCACUCCGGCACAAGGUGUUAGAGUGGUGGUCGAUCCAGGACAGGUGCAGGACAACACCGCAGCCAAUGGCAUGGCGAGGCUUACCAUCAAUACAGAGACAAGCGACCUAAGACUGACAAUCACCGCAAAGACCAAUGAUCCUCGUAUUUCACCUGACAAGCAAGCAUCAGCCAACAUGUCUGCUCACCCAUAUACCACUAAAAGCAACAACUACAUCCACAUAAGUGUGGAUGCAGCUGAGCUGGACCUAGGAGACAACCUGAAAAUCAACCUCAUCCUCAACAGGCAGGAAACACACGAGAAUGAUAUCACAUACCUGAUCCUGAGCAGAGGUCAGCUGGUGAAAAGUGGCCGUUACAGGACAAGAGGUCAAGUACUGAUUUCCCUGAGACUUCUCAUUACCAAAGAAAUGCUGCCGUCGUUCCGCAUCAUAGCCUACUACCAUACAAAUGACAAUGUAUUGGUAUCAGACUCUGUUUGGAUGGAUGUCAAGGACUCCUGCAUGGGCUCGCUGAGGCUGGAAUCAUCGAGACCCGCUCCAUCCUAUGAGCCUCGCAAGAUGUUUGGUCUGAAGGUCACAGGAGAUCCAGAGGCCACAGUGGGAUUGGUGGCAGUUGACAAAGGCGUCUACGUCCUAAACAACAAGCACCGCCUCACCCAGAAAAAGGUGUGGGACCUUGUCGAGAAGCACGACACAGGCUGCACACCAGGUGGAGGGAAGGACGGUAUGGGUGUGUUCUACGAUGCCGGGCUGUUGUUUGAGUCCAGCACGGCUUCUGGUACUCCCUACAGACUAGAAUUGAAAUGUCCGGCCCCCAGCAGGAGGAAACGAGCCCCUACUGUAAUGGAUGUCACAACCAGCUUACUGAGUCAAUAUAACGACCAACUGCAGCGUGACUGUUGUUCGGAAGGCAUGAGGCCUACCCUCCUCUCAUACAGCUGUGAGAGGCGCGCCGAGUACAUCCUUGAUGGCGCAACCUGUGUCACUGCCUUCCUGCACUGCUGCAAGGAGAUGGAAACCCAGCGAUCUGAGAAGAAGGAGGAUAGCCUCCUACUGGCUCGCAGUGAGGAGGAUGACAACAGUUACAUGGACAGCAAUGAAAUUGUUUCUCGCACCAAGUUCCCUGAAAGUUGGCUGUGGUUAGAUGUCCAUCUGCCUGCUUGCCCUCGACAAACACCUAACUGUGACACCACAUCAUGGACGAAAAAUGUUCCUUUGCAAGACUCGAUCACAACCUGGCAGUUCACUGGCAUUAGUCUGUCAAAAACUCACGGAAUCUGUGUUGGCGCUCCGUUAGAAGUGAUUGUCCGAAAGGAAUUCUUCAUUGAUCUCAGGCUGCCGUACUCUGCUGUCCGUGGAGAGCAGCUAGAAGUUAAGGCAAUCCUCCACAACUACAGCCCCGAUGAUGUCACCGUGCGUGUGGAUCUGAUUGAGAAGGAGCACGUGUGCAGCGCAGCUUCUAAGCGUGGGAAGUAUCGCCAGGAGGUCAAAAUUGGGCCCCAAACUACACGAUCUAUACCCUUCAUCAUUAUUCCCAUGAAAGAUGGACUAUACAGCAUUGAGGUCAAAGCAGCUGUUAAAGAUUCGUCGCUCCAUGACGGAAUCAUGAAGAUGCUGCGGGUAGUGGUAAGAGAAACGGGAAACGAAUGGCGAUCUCCUGUGUUAAAGUCAGUAUAGGGAAACAGACAUCUUUUGGGGCGUAACUUUGAUGCAAAUGUAUACUGUAUCAACUUUUCAACAUAAACUGUAAAUAAGAAAGAUCGUUAACAAGCAAGCAAUAUUGUAUUUCGUUACACACCAGCAGAUAACGAUUACUCAAAAAUAGUUGUUGAUAUCUAACCUUUGUCCUAACUGUUGCUUUUCCAGCCUGAAGGUGUGCUGGUUAAAUCUCCUCAGAUUAUAACUCUAGACCCCACUAAAAAAGGUGUAGAUGGUAAACAAGAAGAAACUCUCAACAGUGGAAUUCCUAGGAAAGAUUUGGUUCCAAACACACCUACGAGCACACAGAUCUCUGUGACAGGUGAGA